UAUGAUAUACUGUAACAGGACAUGUAUUGCUGCUACACAACAUUAGUUAGAUUUCUGCUCUUGUUUUCUACAUUAUAACGGAUAAAAUGGAUAAUGAACUAAAUGUAACAUAUAUAUCUUUUGAUGGGCAUGUAGAAUUGCAGAAAUACAAGUUUCUGUACUUCGUGGCUACAUUUACGAUAUAUUUUCUAAUAAUUUGUGGCAACUCUACAAUCUUGGUUCUCAUCUGGAUCAAAAAAAGCCUCCAUGAGCCUAUGUACAUUUUCAUCGCAGCUUUACUCUGCAAUGCACUUCUGUUUAGCACCAAUGUUUAUCCAAAACUUCUGAUUGACCUUUUAUCUGACUUACAGGUUACAACUUUCUCAUCGUGUAGAUUACAGGCUUUCAUUUAUUACUCUUUAAGUGGCUCAGAGUUUCUCCUUUUGGCAGUCAUGGCCUAUGACAGGUAUGUCUCUAUCUGUAAGCCUCUGCAAUAUCAGACAGUCAUGAGAAAAACAACCGUGACUACUUUGUUGGUUUUAGCUUGGGUUUUACCAUCCGGUCAGCUUAUACCGUCCCUUAUACUAGGUAACAGUUUUAAACUCUGCAGUCAUACUUUGAAGGGAAUUUUCUGCAAUAAUGCUGUUACCAAGCUUUACUGUAUGGGCUCCGCUGGACCUUAUAUUAUAUAUGGUGUGUUUAUUUUAAUUAAUACUGUCUUUGUUCCUUUGGUGUUCAUCCUUUUUACCUAUAGUAAAAUACUUAUAAUAUCCUAUAGAAGGGGCUCAAAUGUCAGGAAAAAAGCUGUGCAGACAUGUGCUCCACACCUGCUGGUUUUGAUCAGUUUUUCAUGUUUGUGUUCUUAUGAUGUUAUAAUAGCCAGAUUGGAAAUUGAUUUACCCAAAACAGCACGCUCAAUAAUGAGUUUACAGCUGGUUUUGUAUCCUCCUCUUUUUAAUCCAAUAAUCUAUGGUCUAAAGAUGACAGAAAUUCAUAAACACCUGGUAAGGUUUUUCAGUAGAGCUAGAUUCUGCCUUUUUAUUACACUAACAGGUAAAUGGAAAUUAGGUUAUGAUACAAAAACUAGAUAAAUAAUUCAGACUGGAGAUACACUUGUACAUUUUUUCUGCUUUCAGCAUAUAACUUUGAGGAUAAAAUGUUUGCUUAAUGUUUUAUAGAUCAAAUCCAAUCCAUAUCCAAUGUUUUAUAAUUUAUUUUCUUGAAUGGUGUAUAUUUUGUUGCUGUAGAAUGUGGAUAUUGCUUCUAAAUCAAUAAAGUGUACCUUUUUAUUAUAGUCAUAAGUUUCAUUUGAUAGAUUAAUGUCAUCAGUAAAUAGCCUAGAGUGAUUUAAGAUCAAAUGUAUUGCCAGCAUCUAAAAACUACAAAAAUGUUAGUGUGAUUAAAUAUGAGAGAUUGAUGACUUUUUUUUUUAUCAACGGCUGGCAUUUGCAUUUAGAUUUCAUGUAACAUAACCUCUUUGUUAAAUUAUAAGACAUUUUCAAGAGUCCCUUUUACAACAAUUGUUUUUAAUGGUAAAAACACCAUGACUCUAAAAUGCUUGCUAUCCUUCUUUGAGAAUGUUUUCAUAUACCAUAAGAAAACCAAUCAUGUCCUGGUUCUUAUCCACUGAGCAUGCCUUGCUCCUGUUUUUGCUCAGUGGAGGGAGAUAGUUUAAAGUUCUGUAGACUUCCUGAUACCAUGUCUUGUUCUGCCUCUGCAUCUGGGACACUCUGGGCGGCUCCCGCCGCAUCUCGUAGGCAGUCCAUUGGCUGCCUUACUUAAGAGAAUGGAGUGAUUAUUUAAACCACAGUGCCAGUAAUGGUCGUUGCCCAGCCUCUCCCACCAGCCGCUGCAGAUCCACAGCCCUGCGCUUCUGUUCCAUUCUGUCUUAUUUUAAUAAACAUUUUGAAUCUU